UCGCCCAUGCAUUGCUCGUAUAUACAUAUACGCGCAUUGCCUCUAUUGAUCCAAUUUUCUUGUUCCCAAAUCAUUUCAAAAGGAAAAAAAAAUAGAGAAAUUCUCUCUAGAAAAAAAAUGUUUAGAGGGUUCUAAUCGAUUACAUAUAUAUAUAUCUCUUUGAUAUUCAAUCAUCGUUUUGGAUAUCGAAUCAUCGAGAUGGGAAGGGUUAAAUUGGAGAUCAAGAGGAUAGAGAACACGACGAAUCGGCAAGUCACAUUCUCCAAACGUCGAAAUGGAUUAAUAAAAAAGGCUUACGAAUUGUCCAUCCUCUGCGAUAUUGAUAUUGGCCUCAUCAUGUUCUCCCCUUCUGAUCGCCUCAGUCUCUUCUCCGGCAAAACGAGGAUCGAGGAUGUGUUCGCGAGAUACAUCAAUCUUCCGGAUCAAGAAAGAGAGAAUGCUCUAAUUUUUCCGGACCAGAAGAGACGUCCAGAUAUAGAAAGCAAAGAGUAUCUCUUAAGGAUUUUGCAGCAACUCAAGACUGAGAAUGAUAUUGCCCUUCAACUUACCAAUCCUGCAGCUAUCAACUCUGAUGUCGAGGAACUAGAACAGGAAAUAUGCAGAUUACAACAACAACUUCAUAUGUCAGAGGAAGAAUUGAGAAAAUACGAACCAGAUCCGCUAAGGUUUACGUCGAUGGAAGAGUUUGACACUUGUGAAAAGAAUCUCCUCGACACUCUGACACGUGUCGUUCAACGACGGGAAUAUUUGUUGAGUAAUCAAUUAUCUUCGUACGAGCCAUCAACAGCAAUGCAGCAAAGCAUGGGAGGUUCCUUCGUAAACGACGUCGUUGCAUGGUUACCGGAAGGUGGGCCCAACCAGGCCCAAAUAUUUGACGCUUCGGCCCAUUCGAAUCACCUAAGGGAUAUGUCAUCUGCAACAUAUGAUCCGAUGUUGCAAGUGAGUAGCUCAAGCUCAAACCAAAACAUGGGUGAAUGCCACGUGUCCAAUGGAAAUGGAGAUCUAUUCCAUGAUUGGGCCCAGGCAUAUACUUCUACGGCCCUUCACCAGCCCACCGACAUUCCUCCGGCCCUUUUCCCUCCUAUUCAGCAUGGACUGAUGGGGAAUGGUAUAUCAGAGAUGAUGUCGGCGCAGGAAGGCGAAAUGCCGAUUAUCACGACAGAGGCUCACGUCGAUCAUGAAGUUUCCGACUACGAAACCACACUGCCUCAACUCAGUAGCCAAUAAUCUUAUAUGAUUAUCGCUCAUAUCUUGUAUUAUUUACGUAUAUAUACCAUGCACUUUUACUAAAAACAAAAUCACUCAUCGUCAAUAAUAUCAAAGUUAUUCUCCA